AUGAAGGAGGAGCCUCACGAAGAACCCAACCAAGUCCAAGUGAAGCAGGAGCCUGCCAACAGGCUUGGACUGAAGAUAGACACGCAAAUGCUUAACACGUCCAAGGAGAGUUGGCUAUCGCAGUAUGAGAACGCAAAGGCGAAUGGCACGCCAACAGCCACGCUGCCGGCACGCUUUGCGCUGCUGUCCACAACGUGCGUAUAUGAACCGGGGUUUACCACGUCUCCACGUGGUAAACGCCGUAUCAGCCAGGCGAAUGCCGCUCCAGUUGAGUCACAGCCUGACGAAGAUGAGGAAGAUGAAGGCGAUGAGGGAGGGCAAGAAGGUGAAGAGGAACAAGGAGGCGGUGACAACGAACCGUUCAUGCUCUCAGGUGACGAGGACUACAUCCUGCCUUUGUUUACGGACUCUGAGCUAUCUGCUAUGGUCGAGUCACCCUCGAAGCUGUCCAAUGCUUCAACCUCUUCUGGUGCGCAGUCUCCGUUGCAGGGACUUGAUGAUGCAAUGCCCCACGAUCCUGUCCCGAACGGGUCGGUAGCAGAUGCUGGGUCUCUUAUGAAUGAGCAAGAAAUCCCGGAUGUCAUCAACAUGUUCAACUCGAUCUUCGAAAGUUCUCAAACCUUCCUCACAGCUCAGCAACCAGUCUUCGAUCUCACUGGUACUGCGGAUAGCAACGGCACAAUACCAGAUAACAUCAACCCAGCCAUGUUCUCUGGAGCACCAGUACUCCCGUUUAACUUAGUCAACGCUACUGCACCUAAUGUGCCUUUCGACUACUUCUCACCCUCCGGAUACGCUGCUGCUGCAAACCAGUUUAUGGACAGCUAUGGCCACCAGAUUCAGCCCUUCUUCCUCAACCCGCAAGGGCAGGUAAAUGCCAACAGCCAACUCGCUGCUGCAAUGGCGAUGGCUAAUACGGCCGCUAUGAACACGAUGCUCAAGAUGAACGCAAGCUACGGAGUGCCAAUUGCACCAAUGGAUCGUCGAACAGGCUCGAUGCCUCCACCCAAAGUUGCUGCUCCUAUCAAACCCCGCCUACCUAUUCAACGUACAGUCUCCGCGUCGUCCACGGCGUCCAGUAAGGUGGCGCGCAUGGCAAUCACGCCGGACAUCGCCGACUUCAAACUCGUGCAGAUCUUUCACCAGUUCUGUGACCCAACGACUAAAGUGCUGACUUUGCCGAGAUUUCAACAACUGCUGCAGCACCACCAAGUGAAGGAAGAAGCUUCAAGUAGUGCUAUUGAUCCAAAGAACUCUACUGAUGCUAACUGCGGCGGAUCGACACCAACGUCACCAAACGCCAACGUAGUGGUGACUCCAGAUGCCCAGACGCUGUUCAACGCUCUGGAUAUCAACGGUGUAGGUGUACUUGAUCUAGAGCGAUUCAUGCACUCGUUCCAGAUCUGUAAUCGCUGCACAGAAGCCAAACGCCGAGCUCAUCAGGCACUUUGCGCGAGUCAAGGACAAACGUUCACACCAACGGCACUCGAGAAACAGUUGAUGGAAGAUGUGGCUCCAGUGGUUGUGCGUGUUGUUCCUACGCGGUUUGAAGGCCACAAGGUCAAGAGUUGCGAGCAUUACCAGUGGACGUGGUGCGAAGGAUUCGAGAAGACUGGAAAUGAAAAAUGCAGAGGCACCAACCGCCACGACAAGUGCCCCAAGUACCUGGCAAACUGCACCUUGUGGAAACACAAACUCCCACCUAAGAGUCGAAAGCCAAAACUUGUGAUUGACAACGUGGACUCCCCGACCAAGAAGCUCAAACACUUUUCCUAG